AUGGGCAGAAGUAGGGAAGGGAGAACCACCCAUCUGAAGAGCCAGUUUGGCAUCGUAGUUAAGGUGCUGGCCUACAAACCAAGGGCCUAUCCAGGGGAACUGACUCAAGCUCGGGCGCAGAUCCAGAAUAUAGAUCUAUCUCACCUUUUACAACAGGAUGAAGAUGGCGACACGUUGCUCCAUCUCUUUGUUGCUCAAGGACUCCGCCCAUUGUCCUAUGCUGCAGCUGAAAUGCUCCGAGAUUGUGGACAGUUGGAUGUCAAAGAACACAGGGGGAAGACUCCAUUAUUAGUGGCGGCUGCAGCCAAUCAGUCUAAGAUCGUGAAGGACCUGGUUUUGCUGGGAGCAGAUGUCAAUGCCAUGGACCAAAAGGGGCAGACUGUGCUGCAUCUUGGCGCCACCUACGGGUUGCCCAGUGUCAUUGAGGCUGUCAUGAUGACUGGUGCUCUUGUCAAUGUGGAAGCCAGAAAUUUUGAAGGUCUCACUCCUUUGCACUGUGCCGUCGUUGCUCAUAAUGCUGCUUUCCAGACACAAAACAUGGAGCCCUCGUCCCAACAUCACUUGCAGAACUUACUGCUCUGUAUUCAGCGGCUUUUGCAACUUGGAGCUGAUUACAAGAGCCAGGAGUUGAAGAGCAGUAAAACCAUCCUGCAUUUGGCUGUUCAGGCUGCAAACCUGCCUUUGGUCCAGUUCCUCCUCAAACUACCUGGACAAGAACGUCAGAACUUUGUAAACAUUAAGGCCCAUGGCAACACAGCUCUGCACAUGGCUGCAGGUCUACAUGGCCAUCCUUAUCAAGAGCAGAUUGUCCGCCUCUUACUAGACCACUGGGCCGAUCCCAGUGCCCGGAACCCAGAGAAUGAGCAGCCAGUUCACCUAUUGACUUCAGGACCAGCAGCCGAGCAGCUGCGUCUUUUGCUACGAAGCCGUCGCUCAGGCCCUGGGUUGGUCUAUCCUCCAUCCUUCACCUGA